CUCCGAAUGUUGUUGUUGGUGGCGGCGGCGAGCGGAGCCGGAGGAGCUGCCGCAAAGAUGGAGGAGCCGUCGAGGAGGCGCUGCCGCUGCUGCCGCCGCCGCUGCUGCCGCCGCCGCCUGCGAAGCCGGAGCUCGAGCCGCAGGGGGGAUGCUGUUCUGAGUGCCUGACUGCCUCGCCCUGAAGGAUGGCCUCGGAUGGGCGUUAGAGGCACAGCGGCCCCGGGCUCCUGUCCCGUCCGUCUGUCUGUUAUCGUCUGUGUCUCUUGACAUCACUGCAGCUCCACCCCCUCCCAUCCCAGCCCCCAACGCCAGCUUCCUGUGGGCCCAGAGCCGGCAUGAACACUCCCACCGAGUCGGCAGAUGGGAUGCAAGGCCGGGAACCAUCCUUGGAAAUCCUGCCUCGGACCCCUCUACACGGCAUCCCUGUGGCAGUGGAGGUGAAGCCGGUGCUGCCAGGAGCCAUGCCCAGCUCCAUGGGGGGCGGGGGAGGAGGCAGCCCCAGCCCCGUGGAGCUUCGGGGUGCUCUGGCAGGCCCCGUGGACCCCGCGCUGCGGGAGCAGCAACUCCAGCAGGAGCUCCUGGCGCUCAAGCAGCAGCAGCAGCUGCAGAAGCAGCUCCUGUUCGCCGAGUUCCAGAAACAGCACGACCACCUGACCCGGCAGCAUGAGGUCCAGCUGCAGAAGCACCUCAAGCAGCAGCAGGAGAUGCUGGCAGCCAAGAGGCAGCAGGAGCUGGAGCAGCAGCGGCAGCGGGAGCAGCAACGGCAGGAGGAGCUGGAGAAGCAGCGGCUGGAGCAGCAGCUGCUCAUCCUGCGAAACAAGGAGAAGAGCAAAGAGAGUGCCAUCGCCAGCACUGAGGUGAAGCUGAGGCUCCAGGAAUUCCUCCUGUCGAAGUCAAAGGAGCCCACACCAGGCGGCCUCAACCAUUCCCUCCCGCAGCAUCCCAAAUGCUGGGGAGCCCACCAUGCUUCUUUGGACCAGAGUUCCCCUCCCCAGAGCGGCCCCCCGGGGACGCCUCCCUCCUACAAGCUGCCUUUGCUUGGGCCCUACGACAGCCGCGAUGACUUCCCCCUCCGCAAAACAGCCUCUGAACCCAACUUGAAAGUACGUUCGAGGCUAAAGCAGAAGGUGGCCGAGCGGAGAAGCAGUCCCCUCCUGCGUCGCAAGGAUGGCACUGUCAUUAGCACCUUUAAGAAGAGAGCUGUUGAGAUCACGGGUGCCGGGCCUGGGGUGUCAUCCGUGUGUAACAGUGCUCCAGGCUCCGGCCCCAGCUCUCCCAACAGCUCGCACAGCACCAUCGCCGAGAAUGGCUUUACGGGCUCAGUCCCCAACAUCCCCACCGAGAUGCUCCCCCAGCACCGGGCCCUCCCUCUGGACAGCUCCCCCAACCAGUUCAGCCUCUACACGUCUCCCUCUCUGCCCAACAUCUCCCUAGGGCUGCAGGCCACGGUCACUGUCACCAACUCGCACCUCACCGCCUCCCCGAAGCUGUCAACGCAGCAGGAGGCCGAGAGGCAGGCCCUCCAGUCCCUGCGGCAGGGUGGCGCACUGACGGGCAAGUUCAUGAGCACAUCCUCCAUCCCCGGCUGCCUGCUGGGCGUGGCACUGGAGGGCGACACGAGCCCCCACGGGCAUGCCUCCCUGCUGCAGCACGUGCUGCUGCUGGAGCAGGCCCGGCAGCAGAGCACCCUCAUCGCGGUGCCACUCCACGGGCAGUCCCCGCUGGUGACGGGUGAACGCGUGGCCACCAGCAUGCGGACGGUGGGCAAGCUCCCAAGGCACCGGCCCCUGAGCCGCACUCAGUCCUCGCCGCUGCCCCAGAGCCCCCAGGCCCUGCAGCAGCUGGUCAUGCAGCAGCAGCACCAGCAAUUCCUGGAGAAGCAGAAGCAGCAACAGCUGCAGCUGGGCAAGAUCCUCACCAAGACUGGGGAGCUGCCCCGGCAGCCCACCACCCACCCGGAGGAGACAGAGGAGGAGCUGACGGAGCAGCAGGAGGCCUUGCUGGGGGAGGGAGCCCUGACCAUCCCCCGAGAAGGCUCCACGGAGAGCGAGAGCACACAGGAAGACCUGGAGGAGGAGGAAGAGGAGGAGGAGGAAGAGGAGGAGGAGGAGGAGGAUUGUAUCCAGGUCAAGGAUGAGGCGGGCGAGAGUGGUGCUGAGGAGGGCCCCGACUUGGAGGAGUCCAGUGCUGGUUACAAAAAGGUGUUUGCAGAUGCCCAGCAGCUGCAGCCGCUGCAGGUGUACCAGGCACCCCUCAGCCUGGCCACUGUGCCCCACCAGGCCCUGGGCCGCACCCAGUCCUCACCUGCUGCCCCAGGGGGCAUGAAGAGCCCCCCAGACCAGCCCACCAAGCACCUCUUCACCACAGGUGUGGUCUAUGACACGUUCAUGCUGAAGCACCAGUGCAUGUGCGGGAACACACACGUGCACCCGGAGCACGCUGGCCGGAUCCAGAGCAUCUGGUCCCGGCUGCAGGAAACAGGCCUGCUCAGCAAGUGUGAGCGAAUUCGGGGUCGCAAAGCCACGCUGGACGAGAUCCAGACGGUGCACUCCGAGUACCACACCCUGCUCUAUGGGACCAGCCCCCUCAACCGCCAGAAGCUGGACAGCAAGAAGCUGCUGGGCCCCAUCAGCCAGAAGAUGUAUGCUGUGCUGCCCUGCGGGGGCAUCGGGGUGGACAGCGACACGGUGUGGAAUGAGAUGCACUCCUCCAGUGCUGUGCGCAUGGCGGUGGGCUGCCUGGUGGAGCUGGCAUUCAAGGUGGCUGCGGGGGAGCUCAAGAAUGGAUUUGCCAUCAUCCGGCCCCCAGGCCACCACGCGGAGGAAUCCACAGCCAUGGGAUUCUGCUUCUUCAACUCUGUAGCCAUCACAACCAAACUUCUGCAGCAGAAGCUGAACGUGGGCAAGGUUCUCAUCGUGGACUGGGACAUACACCACGGCAAUGGCACCCAGCAAGCAUUCUACAACGACCCCUCCGUGCUCUAUAUCUCUCUGCAUCGCUAUGACAAUGGGAACUUCUUUCCAGGCUCUGGGGCUCCUGAAGAGGUUGGCGGAGGGCCGGGUGUGGGGUACAAUGUGAACGUGGCAUGGACGGGAGGUGUGGACCCCCCCAUCGGAGACGUGGAGUACCUAACGGCCUUCAGGACAGUGGUGAUGCCCAUCGCCCACGAGUUCUCACCUGACGUGGUCCUGGUUUCCGCCGGCUUUGAUGCUGUUGAGGGACACUUGUCUCCGUUGGGUGGCUACUCUGUCACCGCCAGAUGUUUUGGCCACUUGACCAGGCAGCUGAUGACGCUGGCAGGGGGCCGGGUGGUGCUGGCCCUGGAGGGAGGCCAUGACUUGACCGCCAUCUGUGAUGCCUCUGAGGCCUGUGUCUCAGCUCUGCUCAGCGUGGAGCUGCAGCCCUUGGACGAGGCAGUCCUGCAACAAAAGCCCAACAUCAAUGCAGUGGCCACGCUAGAGAAAGUCAUCGGGAUCCAGAGCAAACACUGGAGCUGUGUGCAGAGGUUCGCUGCUGGUCUAGGCCGUUCCCUGCGGGAGGCCCAGGCAGGCGAGACAGAGGAGGCCGAGACUGUGAGUGCCAUGGCCUUGCUGUCGGUGGGGGCUGAGCAGGCGCAGGCUGCUGCAGCCCGGGAGCACAGCCCCAGGCCGGCAGAGGAGCCCAUGGAGCAGGAGCCUGCCCUGUGAUGCCCUGGCCCCCGUCCCUCUGGGCUUCAUCAUUGUGAUUUUGUUUAUUUUUUCUAUUAAAAAGAAAAAGUCACACAUCCA